AUGGAUUUAGCAGUAGCCAUAACACUGGUUCUGCUGAAUCUGGCAUCAUGGUGCACUUUUUCAGAGAGCAGGCUUCUCGUGAACAUGACUCUGGUUUACAAUGCUUCCAAAAUUGGUGGCCUUUGCUUGGAUGGUAGUUUACCUGCCUAUCAUUUGCACAGAGGAUUUGGUGCUGGUGCACGCAACUGGCUUUUGCAGUUUGAGGGAGGUGGGUGGUGCAAUGAUAUCCAAUCAUGCCUGGAGAGAGCCAAAACGCGGCGUGGAUCUACCCUUUACAUGAACAAGUUGGAGGAUUUCAAUGGAAUCCUAAGCAACAAUGCCUCUCUUAAUCCAGAUUUUUACAAUUGGAACCGGGUGAAGAUUAGAUAUUGUGAUGGAGGCUCGUUUUCUGGAGAUGCCAAGUUUGACAAUGGGACAUCAGUUCUUUACUUCAGAGGAAAAAAGAUUUGGGAAGCAAUAAUUCUUGAUCUUCUCCCCAAAGGCUUGAUGCAUGCACGCAAGGCUUUGCUUUCAGGUUGCUCUGCUGGGGGUUUAUCUUCCUUUCUCCAUUGCGAAAACUUUGCCAGGAUAUUACCAAGGGAUGCCAGCGUGAAAUGCUUGAGCGAUGCUGGUUUUUUCAUGGAUGAAAGAGACAUCACUUUGAAUCAUACUAUGAGGACCUUCUUUGAAAACCUUGUUUCUCUACAGGGAAUCGAAGAGAAUCUCAAUAAAAACUGCACUACUCUCCUUAACAAUCCAAAACUGUGCAUCUUUCCACAGUACUUCUUGAAAUACAUUACAACACCAUUCUUCAUCCUGAACACAGCCUAUGAUGUAUACCAAUUCCAUCAUGCAUUGGUUCCACCUUCCGCCGACAUGAAUGGACACUGGAACCGUUGCAAGCUUAACGUCUCAUUAUGUAACACACAGCAGCUCGAAAUAUUGCAAGAUUUCCGGCGAGAUAUGCUGGCGGCAUUGCGAUCGUUUCUCAUGCAUUCCAAAAGAGGGGGAACGUUUAUAAAUUCAUGCUUUGCUCAUUGCCAAAGUGAGACAGAAGACACCUGGUUUGCGCUCGACUCCCCUCGAGUUCACAGUAAGACUAUUGCAGAAGCAGUUGGCGAUUGGUAUUUUAGCAGAAAAAUAAGCAAGUUAAUCGACUGUGCGUAUCCUUGCAACGAUUCCUGCCAUAACAUUAUGAAUCUCUACUCUGAUGAGACGAAACAUGGCUUUGAGCAUACUUUGGGCUGGCUAAAUCGGUGGGCUUGUUCACGAUCUUUUGGUCUUGGGACUCGCAUUCCAUGGAAUCCAGAAUUUCUUGUUGAGUCAUUAUCUGACUCCACUAUUUACUUGGCUUAUUACACUGUUGCCCACUUUCUGCAUAAUGAGGACAUGUAUGCUACGAACAAGAUUCAUCCUAUUAAACCUGAGGAAAUGACUGACGAUGUCUGGAAUUUCAUCUUCUGUGAUGGCUCAUACCCCAAAUCAUCAAAAAUAGAUCCAUCUAUUCUUGUUGAUAAGAUGAAGCAGGAGUUUGAAUAUUGCUACCCACUCGAUCUUCGAGUCUCUGGAAAGGACCUAAUUCAGAAUCAUCUGACAUUCGGCAUCUUCAACCACUGUAUGGAAAUAUGGCAUAGAGGUUUUUCAUUACUUGAUUUCAAAGCUGAUGACCUUCUCAUACAAGUUACUUGGAAGAGGCUCUGUGUUGUGGAAUCUUUCAAGAAAUUUGCUCCUGGAUUGCAUGCAAAUGCUGCGGGUUUCCUAGACGAGCAAGAUAUAGAUAUGGAAAAACAAAGAUUUUUACAAGCUUCAUUCUUGGAAUUUAGAGAUAUCAUGAAAGAAAAAGAAGAUUCUGAAGAAGGGAUACAGAAGGGAGUGGACUGCAGAAAACCAUUGAUGGAGUUCACGGCAUUGAUGACUUGUGAUUCAACUGCGAAAACAUCUGGUGGUUAUGGUGGUGGAGAUGAGAACGGGUCUCUGAGGAAUUUCAAGCUGAAUGAAUCAACUUUUUUGGCUUCUUUGAUGCCUAAGAAAGAGAUUGGUGCUGAUCGCUUCAUUGAAGCUCAUCCUCAAUAUGAUGGCCGCGGUGUCAUCAUUGCUAUCUUUGAUUCUGGAGUUGACCCGGCUGUCUCUGGUUUACAAGUGACAUCAGAUGGGAAGCCUAAAGUGCUUGAUGUUAUUGAUUGUACUGGGAGUGGAGAUAUUGAUACUUCUAAAGUGGUGAAGGCUGAUGAAAAUGGUUGCAUACAAGGAGCUUCAGGGACUUCUUUGGUUGUCAAUUCCUCAUGGAAGAAUCCUUCUGGUGAAUGGCAUGUGGGUUACAAGUUUUUGUAUGAACUACUUACCGACACACUGACUUCUCGAUUGAAGAAAGAGAGGAAAAAGAAGUGGGAUGAGAAAAACCAAGAUGAAAUUGCCAAGGCUGUAAAGCAUCUGGAUGAAUUCAACCAGAAACACUCCAAUCCAGAGGACGGAGACUUGAAAAGGGUUCGUGAAGAUCUUCAAACCAGAAUUGAUUUACUACGGAAACAGGCUGAUAGCUAUGAUGACAAGGGGCCUGUCAUAGAUGCUGUUGUAUGGCAUGAUGGAGAUUUGUGGAGGGCUGCUCUUGACACACAGAGUCUGGAGGAUGGCUCAGAUUGUGGACAGCUAGCUAACUUUAUACCGCUUACAAAUUAUAGGAUUGAAAGGAAGCAUGGUGUGUUCAGCAAGCUAGACGCCUGUACAUUUGUUCUUAAUGUUUAUAAUGACGGGAGCAUCUUAAGUAUUGUAACGGAUUGCUCGCCUCAUGGCACUCAUGUUGCUAGUAUUGCUACAGCCUUCCACCCAAAGGAGCCGUUAUUGAAUGGAGUUGCACCUGGCGCACAAUUGAUAUCUUGCAAAAUCGGGGACACACGUUUAGGCUCAAUGGAGACAGGCACUGGUUUGACACGGGCCCUGAUUGCUGCUGUGGAGCAUAAAUGUGAUCUCAUCAACAUGAGUUAUGGGGAAGCUACGUUACUUCCAGAUUAUGGCCGCUUUGUUGACCUUGUUAACGAAGUGGUGAACAAGCACCGUCUUAUAUUUGUAAGUAGUGCUGGCAAUAAUGGUCCAGCAUUAAAUACUGUUGGUGCUCCUGGUGGUACAACUUCAAGCAUUAUAGGGGUCGGUGCAUAUGUCUCUCCUGCAAUGGCUGCAGGUGCUCAUUCUGUAGUUGAACCUCCUUCUGAAGGACUUGAAUACACUUGGUCAAGCCGAGGACCAACUUCCGAUGGAGAUCUUGGGGUUAGUAUAAGUGCUCCUGGAGGGGCUGUUGCUCCUGUCCCUACCUGGACUCUUCAAAAACGCAUGCUUAUGAAUGGAACAUCAAUGGCAUCUCCAUCUGCUUGUGGUGGAGUUGCAUUACUUAUUAGUGCAAUGAAGCUUCUUGUGGGAACAUCAUUUGUGCAGGCUGAGGGUAUUCCUGUAAGUCCGUACAGUGUGAGGAAGGCCCUUGAAAAUACAUCCGUUCCUGUAGGUGAAUUGCCAGCAGAUAAACUAUCCACUGGACAAGGGCUUAUGCAAGUUGACAGGGCACAUGAAUAUAUAAGGCAGUCCCGGAAUACUCCACAUGUUUGGUAUGAAAUAAAGGUCAAUCAAUCUGGAAAAUCAACUCCUACUUCACGAGGCAUCUACCUGAGGGAGGCUAGUGCUUGCCAACAACCUACAGAGGAACGGUGGACGGUGCAAGUCCAACCAAAGUUUCAUGAAGGUGCAAGUAACUUGGAAGAAUUGGUUCCCUUCGAGGAAUGUAUUGAGUUACACUCUACCGAAAAAGCUGUUGUGAGGGCUCCUGAGUAUCUCCUUCUCACUAACAAUGGGCGCAGCUUCAAGUUAGUUAGCAUCACUCUGGUCCAUCUUCUCAUUUUGAGGAAUUCUUCAAUGUUUUCAGAUUAUGGAUGUUAUGAUCUUAUUUUAGAUGUUGAGAGCAUAGUGGUUGAUCCCACCAAGCUAAGUGAUGGUCUACAUUAUUACGAAGUAUAUGGGGUUGAUUGCAAAGCACCAUGGCGCGGUCCCAUUUUCAGGAUCCCAGUCACCAUAACAAAGCCUAUGACAGUGAAGAAUCAGCCUCCGGUUGUGUCAUUUUCUAGGAUGUCAUUUCUGCCAGGGCACAUAGAAAGGAGAUAUAUUGAAGUGCCGCUUGGAGCUACUUGGGUUGAGGCAACUAUGCGAACAUCAGGGUUUGAUACAACUAGACGAUUUUUUGUUGACACUGUUCAGAUUUGUCCCUUACAAAGACCUAUGAAGUGGGAGAGUGUUGUAACAUUUUCUUCUCCAACUGCCAAAAGUUUUGCAUUUCCUGUUGGGGGUGGUCGGACAAUGGAAUUAGCUGUUGCUCAGUUUUGGUCAAGUGGGAUAGGAAGUUAUGAAACCACCACUGUAGACUUUGAGAUUGUGUUUCAUGGGAUUGCCAUCAAUAAAGAGGAAAUCAUUCUUGAUGGAAGUGAAGCACCUACAAGAAUUGAUGCUGAAGCUCUACUGUCAUCUGAGAAACUCGCCCCCGCUGCUACUCUGAAUAAGAUAAGAGUUCCAUAUCGACCCGUUGAUGCUAAACUUAGUACCCUUACAGACAAUCGCGACAAGCUACCCUCUGGAAAACAGACACUGGCACUGAUGCUAACUUACAAGUUUAAAUUGGAAGAUGGAGCUGAAGUAAAGCCCCAAGUUCCAUUGCUUAAUAACCGCAUUUAUGACACGAAAUUUGAAUCACAAUUUUAUAUGAUUUCUGACAUGAACAAGCGUGUAUAUGCCAUGGGUGAUGCCUAUCCUAGUGCUACAAAACUUCCUAAGGGUGAAUACAACUUACGCCUAUAUCUAAGGCAUGACAAUGUGCAAUAUUUGGAAAAGAUGAAGCAGUUGGUUUUGUUUAUUGAGAGAAAUUUGGAUGACAAGGAUGCCAUUCGAUUGAACUUUUUCUCUGAACCAGAUGGUCCUGUUAUGGGAAAUGGUGCUUUUAAGUCCUCAGUUUUAGUUCCAGGGAAGAAAGAAGCAAUUUACUUGGGCCCACCAGUGAAAGACAAGCUCCCGAAGAAUGCUUCACAAGGAUCUGUACUGUUUGGAGCAAUCUCAUAUGGAAAGCUGUCAUUUGCUGGCCAGGACAGGGGGAGAAGUCCACAAAAGAACCCUGCAUCAUACCGAAUCUCUUAUGUAGUGCCACCAAAUAAGGUUGAUGAGGACAAGGGAAAAAGUUCUUCAACUAGCUCGAAAACUGUGGCCGAGCGUUUGGAAGAAGAGUCGAUUCUUGUAUUAGCAACAAAAAACUAUGGUCUUAUCACCUUAUUUGGAUGCUGUGAAGUAGCAUUCAUUGAAUUGCUUUGCAUCAUCAAACAGGCACAUGCCUCUGGGAACAUUUUGCUUGAAUACUUUGAUUUUUCUGUUCGAGAUGCAAAGAUGAGAGUUCUUUCAAGCCUAAAACAAGACACUGAUGAAGAACACUCAGAAUGGAAAAAGCUAUCCACUUCUCUUAAGUCCGAGUACCCAGACUAUACUCCACUACUUGCUAAGAUUUUGGAAGGCUUGCUUUCGCAUAGUAACGUGGAAGAUAAAAUUCGUCAUCAUGAAGAGGUUAUAGAUGCAGCAAAUGAGGUAAUUGAUAGUAUUGACGAAGAUGAGUUGGCAAAAUUCUUUUCGCUCAAGAGUGAUCCAGAAGAUGAGGAUGCGGAGAAAAAGAAAAAGAAAAUGGAGACAACCAAGGAUCAAUUGGCCGAGGCAUUGUACCAAAAAGGGUUGGCAUUGGUGGAGAUUGAAUCUCUAAAGGGUGAGACAGCUGAAACCGAAGGCACAAAAGAUUUGUUCGAGGAUAAUUUCAAAGAGCUGCAAAAAUGGGUUGAUGUAAAGUCCUCUAAAUAUGGAACCCUCUUAGUGCUACGCGAAAGACGACGUCGAAGGCUAGGAGCGGCACUAAAGGCAUUGAAUGAAAUGAUGCAAGAUAAUGGAGAUCCACCCAAAAAGAAGCUCUAUGAACUGAAGCUCUCAUUGCUUGAUGAGAUUGGAUGGAAUCAUUUAACAGCAUACGAGAAAGAGUGGAUGCUCGUGCGGUUCCCACCAAGCUUGCCUCUUUUUUAA